AUGGAUACGACGACGGAUGACGACAACAACGACGGCGUACAGACGACGAACAACGACAAUGAUGGCGUACGGACAACAACAACAACAACGUACGGACGACAACGACAACGACAGCGUACGGACGACGAGGAGAAGGAGGGUGUACAAAGGAUGGACGAUGACGAGGAGCAGGGCGUGCAAACGACGGAGGACGACGACGAGGAGCCAGGCAUGCAAACGACGGACCACGACGAUGACGGGGGCGUGCAAACGACGGACGACGACGACGAGGGCCUACAAACGACGGAUGGCGACAACGAAGACGCUAUGAGCGCCCACCACCCACACCCGUCGACGAGGCUCAAUAGCCCACCCUCACUGCCCACCACCCCUUCCCCUCUACCUCACUGCCCACCACCCCCUGCCCCUCUACCUACUGCCCACCACCCCUCUCCUUCACUGCCUACCACCCCUCCCCCUCUCCCUCUUUACCUACACCCCCUUCUUCCCUCCCUCAUUGCCCACCACCCCUUUCCCCCUCCCUCAUUGCCUACCACCCCUUUCCCUUCUUCCUCAUUGGCCACCACCCCUCUCCCCUCUCCCUCAUUGGCCACCACCCCCACCCCUCUUCCUCACUGCCUACAACCUCCCUCCCUCCCUCAUUCCCUCCCCCUUUCCUUUAUUUAG